UGAAAAUAGAAAUUAAAGAUAAAGUUAGAUUAUAGAGAUUUUGUAUUUAUCAGAUUAAUUAAAGAAAUCAGUCAAAAAUUAAUUAAAAUAAUCAUUAUUAGGUAAUUUAUAUGGCUUUAAAUAAUAAAGGCCAAUAAAAUAAUUUAAAGCAAGCAAUUGUUGAUGAGACUUUAAUGAGCAACGGUAGCAAAAAAAGCUAAAAAAGCAUAGUUGAAGUUAGGCCAUAAAAAAGUAUAACUUUUAGCCCUUGCGAUUAAAUUCCAAACAAUAACGAUUUGUAGAUAGCUCAAAUUAAUGAUAUAAUUAAAAAUCAAUAAAAUACUCCAUAAAUGCUAUAAACGAUAUAUUAAAAUGGAGCGCAAAAAGAAGAAGUAUAAAACAACAAUCUGUUAAACCUUUUUCCUAUCCCAAAUAGCAAACAUAGCUUAAUUUAAAGUCCUUAAAAUGAAGAAAUAAACUACUUAAUAAAUAAAUAGAGUUAAGCUUUUAUUAGCAAUAACCAUUCAUUUCAAAAUUCUAUUUAUAAUGUCUAAACUGUUAAUGAAUUAAAUUAGAAAAGUGACAUUGAGCAUAAUUCGCGAGAAAUAAUUGCUAACGGAAAAGAAAGGAAUCUUCUUCAGACAAAAAUAGACAUUACAGAUUUAAAUAUCAUGCUAUAAAAUUAAAAUUUUCAGAAUUCAUAAUUUAAUUUGUAACCCUCUAAUAAGAAAUUUUAUGGUGCUUAAGAUAUGGUCAAUAAAUAAAUAGUUAAAUAAGAUUAAUAGCAAAGUAAUUCUUGGCAUGAAAUUAAAAAUAGUAUAGAAAAUAAUAAAAAUGGAUAAAUUUCAAGUCAAUAAAAAUUCAAUAAUAAUCUAACAAAACUUUAACAAGAUAUUUUUUAGAUAUAAAAUAAAUAAAACAUGCAAUAUAACGGCCAGGGUAACUUUUAUUUUUUAGGUAAUAAUUUUGGAGCUAAUGAAAAUUAUUUGGUUGAGUCCUCUAAAAAACAAACGAGUGGUUAUAAUAAUAGUAAUGACAAUAAUAAUAAAAAUACCUAAAAAGGUUUAAUGAUUUAGGAAAUAGAUAUUAACAGUAAAUCAGAUUUAAAAUCACCCAAGAGUGAGGCUCAGUAGACUCAGCACUUUGAAAAUUCUUCAAAUGGAAAAAUUGCAAGCUUAGAUGCUUAAAUUAUUUGCAAUUAAUUAUCUAAGUAAAGCAAUCAACAUAAACUCAAAGAGAACGAAGAUAAAUAUUUUCACUCUAACCAUGCUUCCACUAACAGAACAGAAGAUAUGUCCAUGCACCUUCACAAACUUUUUAAAAACUAAAAUGAAGUAAUCCAAAAGGAAAUCUUAAAAGUGAUGCUUAUUCAGGUAGCAGGUAUGAUAGUUGAAGCCUUGUAGAUUGUAAGACGAUUCAAUUAUGAUAACUAUUAGCUUUUUAUAAUCUUUGCUUUAAUUUGUUUAGUAAUUGAAGUCAUUUCUCUAAUUAAUAUUUUAAUAUACUUAAAAACAUUGAGUCUAUAAAUCGUUUUGUAAGAUCACACAAAGAAGAUAUUUUUUUUUGUAGCAACUUAAAUAUUUAGAUGCGCCGUAUUUUCAAAUAAUUUCUUAAAGUUUGAUAUCGAAAAUUCUGCUUUAGAAGUUGUAGUAGAACUAUUCUUUAUUUAGCUCAUUUUAAAAUAAGUAUUACCAAACUUUAAAAUUUUUCGAAUUAAAGAUAAGCUCCUAUUACUAGAUAUGAUAAUAUUUGCUUUAGCUUCUAUUCUAUCAUUGGAUUACCAAUAAAAUUAAUUAUAUAUCUAAUUUAUUUAAUGGGGUCUUCUUGGAUUUAUUCUUCUUAUCAUUUAAUUUAAAUUCAAAUAAUUCCCAUUUCACUUGAUGAUCUGCAACAAGAUAAAUAUAUACAAUGCCUAAAAUGAUACAUACCUACAAGCAAAAAAAAGUUAUUUUUCUUAAAGGAUUAUAAUUGAUAGCUGCUUCUCGGAGUAAUUCUGCAUGGGAAAGUCAAAUGACAAGAACAACAAUAGUAACAAUAACAACUUGAAAAAAACUAAAAGCGGAAACGAAAUCAUAAUAAACAAUAUAGAUAAUAAAAUUAAUUUUUCAGUAAAAUAAACCCAAAAUUAAAAUUGGAGUAUACAGCAGAAGGAGCCUUAACUAUAAAAUAAUACAUAGUUUGAAACUUCUAAUAAAUAAGAAGCUGAUAAUAUGUUAAAGGAUUCAGUCCAAUAUGCUCUACUUGAUGAAACAGCAUCAACCAUGUAUGUUUCAAAGUAAAUAAUUCCUUAAAUUGCAACCUUUUUUGCUUAGAAAGAAAAAAUUAACAUAUUUGCAGAAACUGCACCAGCAGAAUUAGGGCAUGCCUCUCCUUCAGAUUUUACCACUAUUCCUCGCUAAAAAUCCUAAUAAAGUUUUAAAUAAAGCAACCUCAUUAAGCUCUUUGAUUAAUUUUUACAAAAUAUUAUAAUAGAAAGAGUUGACAUAGACACUAUGAAUUUGUGGGAAAAUUUUAAAAAAUAAAGUUAAACAAAACCUUUACCUGGUUUAAUAUAAGACUCAACCAUUCAAUCUUUUACAAAAAAAAACAAUAAUAACCUAGAAAAUUUUAAUUAAUAUCCUCCUAAUAACUCUAAAGUACUCUAAGUAAGUCAAGAAAAUCCAGCACCACUCCUCUAUAGUCCCUCUACAUUUAAGGAGCUAAUAUUUGCAAGAAACUCAUAUAUGAGCUGCAACAAAGUGUCUAACUCUGCAGCUACUACAAACUACAAUAUAGCAUAUUCCUACAAAAUAGGCCUAAAGUCUAAAAACAUUUUGAUUUCACUAAAAGAAUUUUUGGUAAAAAUUUCAAUGAAUUGGGAGUAUUUCAAGAAGCACUACACUAACAAACCUAUUGUAAUAGCUUCGUUCACGGCAGAAGACUAGCUCUUGGACUUAUCAGAAAUAAAGAAAUACUAAAUAAAAAUAUAUCCCUAAACAUUUAAAUUCAACAUGGAGGAGAUGGCGGAAUCACAAUCAAUUAAUAUCACAUCAAUUAAAAAUAACUAAAAAGAAAAUGAACAUGAAAGAAGAGAAGCUCCAUACAAUUUUUUGCUAGUGUUUGAAGAAAUUCAUUAGAGAGAAAAAAUAGUUAAUAAAUCAUAAUUCUAUUAAAUUCUAAAAAACCUGUUUAGGUGCUUUAAUAAUGAUUUAACUUAAAGCUUGAGUAAAAUUAUAGCAACUUCUUAGGCAGGAAUUAAAAGUUAAAGGAUUGAAGAGAAAAUUAAAGAUUAAUUCAUAAAGCCAAUUUAAUUAUCUUGUAGGAUAAUAAAAUAUAUUCUUCAUAAUUUGAGAGACUUUAAUGAUUUAGUAGGUGAAAGAUUCGUGCUUGACAUAGCAGAAACUAAAAUUACCGAAGUAGUAGAGCACUGUAUAAUGAUGUUUAAAUAAACAAGCGAUAGGAAUAUUAAAUUUAUAGUAGAUUAUGAUUAAGAUACUCCCUUCGUUAUUCCUACGGAUAGUAGAAGACUGAUACAAAUAAUUAUUACUUUACUUUCAAAUGCACACAAACAUACCCAAACUGGAUAUUUAAAAUUUAGAAUAUACCCUCCUACAAAAAAAGGAAACUAAUUAAAAAAUAUAAUUAGGUUUUAGGUAGAAGACACAGGAGAAGGUAUGGACUAAAGUAUUUAGCAAAAACUAAAUAAACUAUUAAACUCUGGAAUAGGGAUAGGAUAUUAAGAUUUUAAAUAAAUAUCUUCUUUUGGUUUUAAUUUGUUCAUUUGCAAUAUAAUUGCUAAAAAACUUUACAAUCCAGAAUAUUAAUAUACUUUAACAAAAGAAAAUGAUCCACCUUUAGAAAGUAAUGAUGCUAGUGGCAUUAAAUUUACUUCAGUUCCUCAUAAAGGAAGUUAAUUUUAUUUUGACAUUAAAAUUAUCGAAAAUAAAAAGUCAGAAAAAAUAUAGGAUUCAUUGAUUAAUUAUUCUUAUGCCAAUAAUUUUCUAAUGUAUCAAGAGUAAAAUAAUAGCAAAAGCAUCUUUUAAAAUAAAAAUGCUUCUCUUUUUUAGUUAUCUUAACCUCCUACUAUUACUUCAUAAGUUGAUGAGCAGAUCAAUCAGUAGCAUAAUAAUAUAUAAAAAAGCAACACAAAUCAACAAAUUUAAUCUUCAAUCAUUUAAAAUGGUUUAUCAUCUUAAAAUGGAGUGAUGGCUCUGAAUUCCAAUAAGGGAAAUCAAGUUUAAACAAAGACAGGAAAUGAUUUAUUAGAUGUUUCAGAAGAUAUUUCUGAUUAAAUUUAAAAGAACUAAACAAGAACUAUGACUUUCUAGAAGCAACCUUCAGGAAUACAUUCGCACUACAAAUUUUUAAAAUGUUAAUGCAAAAACGUUUUAAUAAUAGAUAAGGUUUAUAGGAACUUAGAAACGAUAGAAAUGCUCUUAACAAAUUUUAAUUUUAUGCCUUAAAAGUGCUGCAGUAUUAAAGAAGCUAUUACAUUUUGUGAAGAAAAGAAAAACAAUGAUUGUAAAACAUGUGGUGAAAGACAGUUUGUUUGUAUCUUUGUAUGUACUGACGAAUUCUAGAAACAAGAUUUUUUUUAAAAAGAUUUAGAGUCUUUUUUUAAUGAUUAUUGUUAAUAAAGUAUUGUAUUUGCUAUAGGUAAUUUUACUAUUAAGACUAAAAAGAAUUUGGAAAGCAUAGGCUUCUAUGAUUUUUUAAGUAAUCCUUUAGAUUCUAUCGAGUUACAACAUCUAAUCGUUAAAUGGAAGCUUCUUCCUAUUAGCUAAUCAAGUCAAUUGACCAAUAGCAACAAGAAUUUGCAUGUAUCGAUUUGAGCUUUACCAAAUUUUCUUUCUGCACAUAUACUUUAAUUAUUAAAAAAUCUUAAAAAUAAAUUUUGGAAAAAAUUGUGCUUUUUUCAAUUGAUUCAAACAAAAAUAAUUAUCUAAGCAAGAAAUCAGACAAAAAAUAAAUUAACCAAUCAAUCAAUAAUUCAAUAAAUUAACUAAACAACCAACAUUAAAAACCUUUCAAAUGCGAUUUAAUACCAUUUCAAUAAAAUAAAAUUGUAAUUCUUUGAUUAUGAAUACAACAUAUUUUAAUUAAAUAAUUAAUAAACAUCAUCUUUCUUUAAAAAAUUUCAUUCUCAAAACUUCUAAAUUCUUAAUGUAUGACUAUAAAUG